AUGGAAGCUUCCAACCUAAUUCCUUCAAUUCUUUUCCUCUUUUUCCUCUUCUCUUUGCUGCAAACUUCCACCAUUGCCACCAUUGCCACAAAAAAGCCUUACAUUGUUUAUUUAGAAUCACAAUCAGUCUAUGCUGAUUCAAAACAUUGUUCUAUUCAACAAGUACAAGAAUUCCACUAUAAUCUAUUGGGAUCUUUGUUGGGAAGUCCAGAAGCAGCAAAGGAAUCAAUUUUGUACUCCUAUACGAGAUCUUUCAACGGUUUUGCAGCCAUACUGAAUGAGAAAGAAGCAGCAGAUUUAGCGAGAAGCCCACAAGUGAUAUCAGUGUUGGAAAACAGAGGGCGAAAAUUGCAUACAACAAACUCAUGGCGUUUUCUUGGGGUGGAAGAUGAUGAAGGAAUCCCUUCCAAUUCCAUUUGGAAUGCUGCACAGUUUGGUCGAGAUAUGAUCAUAGCCAACAUUGACACAGGCGUUUGGCCAGAAUCAAACAGUUUUAGCGAUGAAGGCUAUGGACCCAUCCCGUCAAAGUGGCGAGGCACGUGUCCAGAUGACCCCAGCUUCCGUUGCAAUAGGAAGCUAAUUGGAGGAAGGUAUUUCUACAAAGGAUAUAAAUUCGCCGGAGGCGUUCUCAACGCCACUUCUGUUUCCAUACGCGACCACAAUGGACAUGGGACCCACACACUCUCUACAGCCGCCGGCAACUUCGUGCCAGGAGCCAACAUUUUCGGCCAUGGCAACGGCACGGCCAAAGGCGGCGCUCCAAAAGCCCGCGUCGCCGCCUACAAGGCCUGCUGGCCUCUCAUACCCGAAGGAGAGUGCUUCGAUGCCGAUGUCCUCGCCGCCUUCGAAGCCGCCAUCAACGACGGAGUCGACGUCAUAUCCGCUUCCCUCGGUGGAGGCGACCAAGAAUUCUUCAGAGAUCCGGUUGGUAUCGCUGCCUUCCACGCCGCUCAACAAGGCAUCAUCGUCAUCUUCUCCGCUGGUAAUGACGGUCCUCAACCGGAAACCGUCGGCAACGUCGCGCCCUGGGAGAUCACCGUCGCUGCGAGCACUACCGGGAGAAAUUUCGUCAGUAACGUCGCCCUUGGAAAUAACAAAAUUCUAAAGGGCUCGAGCCUUUCGUCAGUUUCCGCAUUACCACAGUUCUAUCCAUUAAUCGAUUCUGUGAAUGCGAAAUUCAGCAACGUCAGCGAGUUCCAAGCGAAAUUUUGCGGCAAGGGAACGCUUAAUCCGAAGAAGGUGAAGGGGAAGAUCUUGAUUUGCACUGCAGGGAAGAUUACAGGAGUUGAGAAGGGUUACAAUGCUGCGGAAGCAGGUGCUGUGGGGAUGAUUUUGGCUACCAAUAUUGACAAUCUGGAGGAAAUCAAACCUGAGUUGUAUUUCCUUCCAGCUUCGGGUAUAACCUAUUCCGAUGGCGAAUUGCUUGACGAUUACAUCAACUCCACCAGUACACCAGUGGCUCAGAUAAUGAAUGUAAGAACAGAGGUGGAAAUAAAUCCAUCUCCAGUCGUUGCUGCAUUCUCAUCCAGAGGUCCCAACCCGUUCGACAAGGCCAUCCUCAAGCCCGACAUAACAGCUCCAGGUUUUACCAUAUUAGCGUCUUACCCCACCACAAGAGCCCCAACCCGUUCAGGCUUCGACCAACGGCGCACCCCCUUCAAUGUAUUCUCCGGUACCUCCAUGGCCUGCCCUCACAUCUCUGCCAUCGCCGCCCUUCUCAAGUCCAUUCAUCCCGAAUGGAGCCCUGCUGCAAUUAAGUCUGCCCUUAUGACCACGGCCAAAACAAGCGACAACAACAACUUGCUGCUCAAUGCCACCCCAUUCGCUUUUGGUGCAGGACAUGUCCGUCCAAAUGAUGCAAUGGAUCCUGGCCUUGUAUAUGAUAUUACUGUCGAUGAGUACUUGAAUUUCUUGUGUGCUCGAGGCUACAAUGCAAUUCAACUUAGGAGAUUCAGUAAGCAGCCAUUUGUUUGUGAGAAAUCAUUCAAAGCCAUAGAUCUCAACUACCCAUCUAUCUCAAUUCCAAAUCUAAAUGUGAAUGCUCCGGUGACAAUCAAUAGAAGAGUUAAGAAUGUGGGAGGUCCAGGGACAUACGUGGCCCGAGUCGAGCUACCAGAGGGGGUUGCAGCAUCGGUUGAGCCAAGUACGUUGCAGUUUAGCAGUGUGGGUGAAGAGAAAGCAUUCAGGGUUGUAGUGCAAAACACGGGAGAAUUGAAACAUGAAGGUUAUGUGUUUGGGAAAUUGGUAUGGUCCGAUGGAAAGCAUUCUGUAGGAAGUCCCAUCUCAAUGAAUCUACGAUGCGAUUGACAUGAUGUAAUUUGACAUUGAAAAUCAUGUUGUUCAUGACAUUACUCCAUUCUUAACAAAAUCCAACUUUUUAUUUAAUAACACUCCACCUUUCAA